CAACCACAAAUCAAGCACCAAGCCACCAACCAUGGCCGCCAGCAGGCACCAUCUCCCCCUCCUCGCCGUGACCAUUGCUCUCUGCCUCGCCACUCUCGCCGUGGCCGCCUCUCCCGACGACACCACCACCCCGCCGGCUCCCCCGCCGGAGCCGCCGCAGCCGACGGCCUACGAGAUGCUGGAGCGCUACAACUUCACGCAGGGCAUCCUGCCGGAGGGCGUGACGGGGUACGUCCUCCGGCCGGACGGCUCCUUCGAGGUGUACCUGCCGGGGGACUGCAGCUUCCGAGCCGGCAGCAUGCGCGUCCGGUACAGCAGCCGCGUCGCCGGCAGCAUCCAGCCCAUGGCGAUCACCGGCGUCGAGGGGGUGAAGGUGAAGGUGCUCCUGGCGUGGGUCGGCGUCACGGAGGUCGACCGCGACGGCGACCGGCUCCGGUUCUCCGCCGGCCCGGUGUCCAAGUCGUUCCCCGUCGACACAUUUGCUCACAGCCCACAGUGCAGCUGAGGCUUUUAUUUGUCGGUAGCAGAGACAGGCAGGCAAAAAGCAUUAAUCUGCGUGUGUCUUUGUUAUGUAAUCUUCCUAGGAUUGGUUACAGAUAGUGGUUAGGAAGAGUCCUAGGACGAGGUUAAAAAUCAUCGAGGUCGUCUUAUUUGUAACCAACCUCUAAUUGGUUUUCUCUCCCCUUUUCGCAACUCUUUAUUUGCAUCUUCAUUUCUUUUUUUUUGUGGGUUUUUGCAUCUUCAUUUCGUAUUGAAUGAUAUCAAUAUGUAUGGAAAAGAGGUGAUCGCUUCUCUAGUGA